AUGUCAUUCAGUAUUGCAUCAGAGUGGGUGAGUAAUGGACUCGGCUACACUGUCAGUGCUGGCACAGUGUCCUUGUUGCGCAUCGGGAAAAAGAAGUACAUUCAAACACAAGAACCGUCCACUCAUAACAACCAUCUCAGCACAGGAACCAAUUUGACACACGACCCAUAUCCAAAUUAUUAUCACAGGGACAUCCGUGUGCGUGUCUCAUAUAUGAACGUUGGUAUUCAGCGUAAACAACUGGAAGGUUUACCAUCGACACAAAACGCAGGCUCCCACAAGACCCAUCCGAACCCAGGAGCCACCCAUACCAAGAGCCACCACACCCGAGAGCCACCCACACCCAAGAGCGAGCCACCCAUGCCCACCAUGCCCACCACCCACCCAAGAGCCACCCACACCCAAGAGCCACCCAUGCCCAAGAGCCACCAUGCCACCACCCAAGAGCCACCCAUGCCCCCACCCAGAGCCACCCCACCCAAGAGCCUCCCACACCAAGAGCCUCCCACACCCAAGAGCCACCCACACCCAAGAGCCACCCACACCCAAGAGCCACCCACACCCAAGAGCCACCCACACUCAAGAGCCACCCACACUCAAGAAGAGCCUCCCACACCCAAGAGCCACCCACACCCAAGAGCCACCCACACCCAAGAGCCACCCACACGCCCACAGCAAGAACCGGCUCGAACCACCAGCGGCGCCCCAGCGAGACGGCCGCCCCGAUUUAAUAAGGAGGGAAUAAAAGCCUCAGCGAGAAGAAAAACCACGGGAAAGAAAACACAGAUUCAUCUCGCCUUUGAAAUCCGCAAAGAGGGUUUUAAGGAGAGGAUACAGAGAUCACACGGCUGCGGCGACGAAGGUAAGAAGGAUACAAAGGGUCCCUUAAAGAGUUCCUGA